AUGCCGCUUCCGUCAUCAAGUGACGACGACCCAAACCAUGAUGGCGUUCCGGUUGCCGUCCCGUCAAUCAAGGCUUCCAACCACGACUCUUAUGGUGGCAACAACAGCGCACUAGAUGCCAACGACGGCGAUUCCGACGGCUCUUGUGCGAUGAAGCCACCGGACAUCGCUGCUCGUCCCCUCAUGGUUCCUUCCCCAGCAUCUGGAUCCCCUGCUGCCUCUCCUUCCGCAUCUUCUUCCUCCUCAUCCUCCUCCUCGCCACCCUUCUCCCCCCCGUUCCUUCCUGCCUUUUGGGACCGCCUGAGCACUUGCUUUCCCGCUCCCUUGAACAGCGAGCACCUGCCUGUAACCCGGAUCGAAUCUCAUCCUUCUCAUCCUUCCGCUCCCUCCCGUCUUUCUCAUCCCCCUCAUUCCUCUAACCACAUCCUACCCCGCCUACGAAUAACCCCCACUCUCUUCAGCAACACCCUCCUGCUCCUCCUCUCGCUGCUCAUCCUCCUCCCUCUCCUCGCCAUCCCUCUCCUCGCGCCCCCCUCUCCACUCCCCCAACCUGCUGCUGCUACACAACCAACUUUUGAGGGGCCUGGGGCAGUGUUUUCAGAUCAAUUUUCGUGUUCUGAAACAAGGAGCCUAGAGGACGUUCUUACCGACCUGGCCACGUCAGCAAGAAUGCCUCCUCUAGUGACAAGCAUGCCACGAGCAUCUGACGUGGCAGCACAGGGUCCACGCGCCGCAGAAGCCGCUGCUGACGCAACCAGUGUCAGCACAAACAGCAGCAAAGCCAGCAGCACUGCUGGCAGCAGCAACGCUGGAAAAAAUGGAAGGCUGGUUGAAAGAAACGAGACGGAGGCGGCAAAAGUGACGACUGAGGUGGCAGAGGAAGGGGAGUUAGGGCGUGGUGUGGUGAUAGUGACGGUUUUGUCAGAGGCGUGGAUACCCAUGAUGAAGAUGUUCUUAACGAGGAUAAGACUGGUUGAUGAAGAGCGAGACAAGCACAGCCAGCAGCAACAAGAGCAGCAGCAGCAGGAAGAGGGGUACUUACGAGCCUGGAGUUCUGCUGCUCUCUCCACCUGCACUGCUUCCUUGACUCACAGGUGCGUGCGUGUGGCUGAAUCCCCACCGGUUGGUGCUGAUAGGCACGGCCACACGGGGCGCAUGCUCCAAAUGCGGGGCACGCUGGUGUCUCGCCUGCUGGUGAUCUGCUACGACCACCUCAGCCUGGAGUUCUGCUGCUCGCUCCGCCUGCACUGCUUCCUUGACACUCAGGAUGAUGCUCCGAAGAGUGAGAGGGACGACUUCAGUGGCGGGCAGAAGAAAUUCAUGACCCCCUCGUAUCUGCACCUGGUGGAUGACGUCAUGUGGCUGCAGGUGGAUGACGUCAUGUGGCUGCAGGUGGGUGGCAGUGACGUCAUGUGGGUUGCAGCCUGCAGUUUCAUCCGACAUGUUAAUAACAACCCCCUUCCCCACAUGCUCCCCGUCUCAUCAGACAUGCUCAUAGCAUGCGAUCGCUGGUCAGAAGACCCCAAGGAGGCAGCAGCCAAUGGCGGAUUCUACAUGGCUCGCAGCAACGACCGUGUGCUGCGAUUCUUCGACUACUGGCUCAAUGCACACACCCGAUAA